UUUUUUCUUUUCUUUUUUUUUUUUUGAUCGAGUCAGCUGGUGGUGUUUUCUUCGUCCUUCUGAAUACGUGUGUUGGUCCAUGAUGAUGUCUUGCGGCCCUUAGAUUCGUGUUUGCAUUAGUUGAUUGAUUUGUGCCCAGUGAUAACGCUGCUCGAGGAGGAGGAGGAGAAAAAGACACAGAGGAAGAAGAAAACGAGGAAAGGAAGAGGGAAAGCGUGAAGAAGAGAGGGAAGGCGAGGUAAAAGAGGAUGAGGAGGAGAGUGUAUGAGAGGAAGAAGGCAAGGAGUUAGAGUGUAGGGAAAAGCAAGAACAGGUGGAGGAGGAAGAGGACAAGGAGAUGUGGUGUUAAAGUGAUGAUGUUAACAACGUAGGGAAGAGGAGACGGGGAGGAAAGGUAGUGGCUGAGAACUUAACAAUCAUAGAAAACGGCAGCAUUACGGCGUAGGAUUCAGUGAAGCUUCGAGUUAGUCUCAACCACUCCAAAUUUUCCUCUCACUUUUAAUCUUCAUCAUCACUCAUGAAUAAUUACGCUUCAUGAACUGUAGUAAACGUGACAGAUUUAUAAGAGAGUUACCUGUAAAGUGAGUAAAUCUGAGGCUCGGUCUAGUGGGAAGAUUCGAAUUAUCACUCAUUCAUCUUAAAUUGCAGUCUCACUUUCAUCCUCUAACUUCACUCAUGAAUACUUACUCUUCACGAGCUGCAGUAAACGUGAGGAAUUCCGAAAAAAGCUUGCAAAGUGAGUAAAUCUGCUGUUAAGUAAAGUAGGAAGAGGUAACUUGACUUCUGAGCUUCGUGGCUGCUUCGAAACAUGACUCGAAGCCUCACUCGAUCACAACUACGUUCCUUGCUGCCGCCCCCACUGGCCACUACCACACAUGCGAGGGCGGAGCGUGGGUGUGUUACGAACCCGAGGGACGUGAUGGUGCAGAUAUUGAGCUCGAGUGAUAGUGUGUGCGUGAGGAAAAGUUGGGAGGAGGCGUGGAGGUGAAGGAGAACGACGAUGGGAAAGAAGAGGAGGGAGGAGGUGGAUGGGCCUUCUAAUGACGUGUGUGGUGGCGUGUCCUCUCCCUCCUUCUCUCUCCUCCUCUUCGCUUUCCUCCUCCUCCAUGCCUCCGUCACCACUCUCAAGAAAAAGAGGAAAAAAGUGGAAGGAAAAAUCUUCAGCCUUAAGAGUGACCAUGGCCGAGGGGAGAUGGCGGUGACCUCUUAUGACCGAGGGCGCGUUGGGUCAGCCCGGGUUGCAGCGGUGGGCGGCUCACACCCUCACGCCACAGGAUGGUGGGCGGCAUAUCACUGGGCGGUGUUGGGUCCCUGUGUAGCUGUCGUGGCUCUGGUCUUCGCCGUCGCCUACGUCGUGAGGAAGUGCGAGAGGGCAAGGAUCCUCAUGGCAUCCCUCGAUUUGUGGGCCACUAGGAUGUGUAUUUCUGGGCCAGCAUUUCCCGGUUCACUGGAUCCUUGUGUACAGUGAAAGAGAGAAAAAAAGUUGCUAUAUUGCCUGGUUUUAUGAAUAUUUUUGUUUAAGUGAAGCUUUAAAUUUUUUAUCGUCCUUCUCUUUUUAUUUUCUAUGAGUUGUACUUCAGUUUUUUUUUUCUUUUCUCUUUUAUUUCUCUUUAAUUUUUCAUAAGUGAGUAUGAUGGCACCACCGUUUCUUUCAUUUUCUGUCACUUUGUAUGGCGUAAUUUUUUUUUCCUUCUGUCUUUAAUUUUUUGUCUAUUCGUAUGAAUUAAUCUUUUGCCCUUCCUUGUAAUUUCUAUAAAUUUUGUAUUACUAUUUUUUUUCCUUCCCUCUUUCAUUUUCUACCUAUUCGUAUGACUGAAGUUUUCCUUCACUUUCGUUUUCUGUCAAUUUGUAUGAAUAUUUUUGAGUUGGUUUGAUUCUCUCUCUCUCUCUCUCUCUCUCUCUCUCUCUCUCUCUCUCUCUCUCUCUCUCUCUCUCUCUCUCUCUCUCAAUGAAGAAAGGUUUCGAUCUCUACUAAAACUCUCCUUCCAUUAAGAUCCAUCGCUCACAACUUUUUGGAAAUUUGUAGCUCAGUAAUCGGUUUGUGUUGAGACCCGAAAAAUUGGUGUGGCCGGAGCUCUCUCUCUCUCUCUCUCUCUCUCUCUCUCUCUCUCUCUCUCUCUCUCUCUCUCUCUCUCUCUCUCUCUCUCUCUCUCUCUCUCUCUCUCUG